GGGGCGGCUGCGGCGGCGGCUGCGGCGGCUACGGCGGGAGUUAGCGCGUCCCCGGCUCGGGCCUUACUGCUCCAAAGAAGAUGUCGGUGUCCGACGAGCCCCGGGUGAUGUCCACGGCGGAUGAGGCUGAGCCGCAAGAGGAGGAGGAGGAGGAGGAGGAAGAAGAAGAAGAGGAAGAGGAAGGAGAAGGGAAGAAGAAGGAGAAAGAGCCCGCGGCUGCCGCUGCGGCUCCAGGGACUCCCGGGGCGGCGGGGCCCAGCGCCGGCUUCGGGCUGGUGGCGACGCGGCGGGAGCCGGCCGUGAAGCUGCAGCACCCCGUUAGCGGCCUGGAGCCGCUCUCCUGGUCCGAGGACCACCGGGUGUCGGUCUCCACCGCCCGCAGCAUCGCGGUGCUGGAGCUCAUCUGCGACGUGCACAGCCCCGGCCAGGACCUGGUCAUCCAUCGCACCUCGGUGCCCGCCCCGGCCAACAGCUGCCUGCUCAAAGUUGGUUCAAAAAAGGAGGUUGCUGAAUGUAAGGAGAAAUUUGCCACCUCUAAGGACCCCACAGUCAGUCAGAGCUUCAUGCUAGAUAGGGUGUUCAAUCCUGAAGGAAAAUCUUUGCCACCAAUGAGAGGAUUCAAGUACACCAGCUGGUCCCCAAUGGGCUGUGAUGCUAACGGGAGAUGCCUGUUGUCAGCAUUAACCAUGGACAAUCGAUUGACCAUCCAGGCUAACCUCAACAGACUGCAAUGGGUACAGCUGGUUGAUCUAACUGAGAUCUAUGGAGAGCGCCUUUAUGAAACCAGCUAUAAGCUCACCAAAAAUGAGGCCCCUGAAGGAGAUCUUGGGGACUUUGCUGAGUUUCAGAGGAGACACAGCAUGCAGACACCAGUACGGAUGGAAUGGUCAGGCAUCUGCACCACCCAGCAGGUCAAGCACAAUAACGAAUGCCGUGAUGUCGGCAGUGUUCUUCUGGCGGUCCUUUUCGAAAAUGGAAACAUUGCAGUGUGGCAGUUUCAGCUCCCAUUUAUUGGCAAGGAAUCCAUCUCUUCGUGCAACACCAUUGAAUCAGGGAUUACCUCUCCUAGCGUUUUGUUUUGGUGGGAGUAUGAACACAACAAUCGAAAGAUGAGUGGGCUUAUUGUGGGGAGCGCUUUUGGGCCUGUUAAAAUUCUUCCUGUUAACCUCAAAGCAGUUAAAGGCUACUUCACAUUAAGGCAACCUGUUAUUCUAUGGAAAGAAAUGGACCAGUUGCCAGUGCACAGCAUCAAAUGUAUUCCUCUUUAUCAUCCUUACCAGAAAUGUAGUUGUAGCUUGGUGGUGGCUGCUAGGGGAUCCUAUGUGUUUUGGUGUCUUCUUCUGAUAUCCAAAGCAGGUCUGAAUGUCCAUAAUUCCCAUGUCACAGGACUUCAUACAUUACCAAUUGUUUCCAUGACCGCAGACAAACAAAAUGGUACAGUAUACACAUGCUCAAGUGAUGGAAAGGUGAGGCAGCUGAUUCCCAUUUUUACAGAUGUCGCAUUAAAGUUCGAGCACCAACUGAUUAAACUAUCAGAAGUAUUCGGCUCAGUGAGGACUCAUGGGAUAGCAGUAAGCCCUUGUGGUGCAUAUCUAGCAGUUAUCACAACUGAGGGCAUGAUCAAUGGUCUCCACCCUGUUAACAAGAACUACCAGGUUCAGUUUGUGACUCUAAAGACAUUUGAGGAGGCAGCAGCUCAACUCCUAGAAUCUUCAGUUCAAAACCUCUUUAAGCAAGUAGACUUAUUAGACCUGGUACGCUGGAAGAUUUUAAAAGACAAACACAUCCCUCAGUUUUUACAAGAAGCCUUGGACAAAAAGAUUGAAGGUUCUGGGUCCACUUACUUUUGGCGUUUUAAACUUUUCCUCUUGCGGAUUUUAUACCAGUCAAUGCAGAAAACCCCCUCAGAGGUCUUAUGGAAGCCCACCCAUGAGGACAGCAAAAUCUUAAUAAGUGACUCUCUUGGGCUGGGCCAUGCUGAGGAGGAACAACAGGAAGAAGGAACUUCUUUCAAACAAAUAAGCAAGUCAGGUUGUCAUGAGAGAAACAAAGAAAGAGAUGCUGAAGAUCUACCUGAUAGCUCACCCAUCCAGUCUGGAGAUGCAGGUCGUGAGCCAAUGGAAGAAAAGCUCCUUGAAAUCCAAGGAAGAAUUGAAGCUGUUGAAAUGCACUUAACUAGGGAGCAUAUGAAGAGAGUCUUGGGGGAAGUAUACCUGCACACAUGGAUCACGGAGAACACUAGCAUCCCCACCAGAGGACUCUGUGAUUUUUUAAUGUCUGAUGAAGGCUAUGACGACAGAACAGCUCGGGUACUCAUUGGGCACAUUUCAAAGAAGAUGAACAAACAAACUUUCCCUGAACACUGUAGCUUAUGUAAAGAGAUUUUACCAUUCACAGAUCGUAAGCAGGCAGUUUGCUCCAAUGGACACAUUUGGCUUCGGUGCUUUUUAACCUACCAGUCCUGCCAGAGUUUGAUAUACAGAAGGUGUUUGCUUCAUGACAGCAUUGCACGGCAUCCAACUCCAGAAGAUCCUGACUGGAUAAAGAGGUUAUUGCAAGGCCCUUGCCCAUUCUGCGACUCCCCUGUUUUCUAAAUGACAGUCAUGCGAAGAUGAAGAAUGCAAUUGUUUUGCUAUAGAAAACUUCUUUUUCUUGGAAGAAAAAAAAGCACAGGAGUAAAUUUUGCCUGUAUAAGAGAAGAGAUGCUGUCCUUAUUCCUAUAAAUAGGACAUUGGAAACUCAGAUUUUAGAGGCUUAGUUCCCUCUUUGUCUUGAGAAGUGGAAGUACAUCUUUUUUUUUUUUAAUAUUUCUGGAUAAUGAGGAUUUGCUAAAGCAGUUUUGAGGUGACUACAAGCCCCUCUUACCCAAUGGGAACUCUCAUUUGGCAUGUGUCUUUUGAUGGAAGACAGCCUGGACAAUAACCAUCUCCUACUAUUUCUGGAAGCCAGAUGGCUUCUUCCGACCAGCUUGGGAAAGCACCUCUUCUUAGGCCAAGUCAGACUGGCCCCUUCUCUUGUCUGGAGUCGUCUCCUGGAUCUGGAGAGAGUUUCUGAUGGUUGGCUUUCCACAAGUCGUAGCACCCAGUAUACUGUCGAAUGUUGAAGUAUCCUAAACUAUGUACAGUUUUGUUUUUUCUUAGCAAGUGGCCUGCAUGCCUGCUGUAGCCCUUCUGAGGAAACAGAAAUUAGCCUUUUAGUUCUUGUUUUCUCACAAAAUGAAUGAAACAUCAUCCUUUGCCUUUUAUGGUAAUACUGUGUUGAGACCAAAAGACUAAAAUUGGUUUUGCUGUGCCAAAUGAGGAUCAGUUGGAUGGGGCUCUUAUUGGUUAAUACUCAUAUAUAACAUUUUUUAAUUAGCUAUUCCUUCCAUAUAAUCUGAUCACAUUAACCAACUCUUAAAAAUAUAUGAGGAUUCCAAGUAUUCAGGAUUCCCUCUUUCAUCCCUCUUUGGUUUUGAAGUAAAUUUAUUUAAUUGCUUAUAUUUUAGGCUCUUUGUUUUCUUUUGAAAGAAAGGAAAGAAAACCACUAUUGUAUUAACAUUAUUUAUAGUAUUUUUAAUUGUGUGCAUUUCUAAGGAAACUUUUAGAAUCCAAGAAGGGGGUGUAAUAAAGAUGACCAUAGAGAAUUCCUGAAAAAGGCAAGGCAGCUAAGAAAUGGGAACCCUUGUCGGGGUUGCACUGAUGCCAAAUGUAUGUUCAGUCUAAUUGAACAGAGCCAGGGAACUUGUAUCAGAUGCAAAAUUUCUGUAUCCUUCUAACAUACACCAGGGUAAUAAAUUAAUACUUGCCCUUGUUAAAACUAGAAAUGGGCAUUCUGGAAUUGUUUGGGGCUUGGAAUGUGAAUUGAAUCCUUGGCUCUGGACUUAGUCCAUAAUUCAGUUAUCUCGAGAUGGCUAGUACUUGUGUGGAAAGAUGGAUGGGAACAGUAAACAUUUAUUUCUUCAGUCAGAUGCUGUUUUCAAUAUUGUUACUUGUUUCCAUUGUAAAUCCCAUUUUUUCUUCCUCCAGUUGGAUCCAUGGUGGACUAUCUAAUUUUGGUAAUUAGAUUUAGUCCUACAGUAUUGUUUUUAGCUAUAAAGCACUACAGAUUAAUGUUCUGUAUCCAUCUUGGCUAAUCUGUGUCAGAGAGUAGAGCACUUGAGGCAUCCAAGGCAAUAUCUCCAGAGGCAAAAAGAUCCCCAGGCUACCCCUCUGCCUGGCAAACUAGAUUUCAAUUCCUGGCCUUGAUCUCUUGCACAUUGAACUCUUCUCCUUGUCUUUGUCACUUUGGGGGAAGGCCUAAGAAUAAUGCUUAUUACUAAGGCUUCAGGGUCUUAAACAAUGUGGUGAUUCACAGAAGAGAGAGCUGGGUAGCAGCAAAGUUCUUAAAAAAUACAAAUUUUGAGAAAACAGUAGUGUGGCUGAAGUUGUGCCUAUAGUAUUUUUUUUUUUCACUUGGCCACGGUAAGAAUCAUGUUAAUAAGGGAAUGAAGACAGACUAUGGCCAGAAAUCCCUCAAGUCUUAUUUGUUUGGGGCAAACUGGUUUAUUAGUAAGUGGCCAGUUCUUACCAUAAUCAUCAAGUGCCAUUUAAAAUUUUAACAUUAAUUUUUAUUUAAGAUGUCUCUUGUUGUCAUUGUAUUUAAUGAAUUAUGUUUUCUUGAGGACAAAAAAGCAAUUCAAAGAGGGUCUCGAGUUCCUUUGUAUGUCUUUUUAGGAAGGCAUUUUGGAAGUUUUCUUCCAGAGAUACCUCAAACAAACUGACCAGAUCAUAGCAUUAAUUCUCCUUCAAUGGAUUCUCUCAUGAGAAUCUUGCCUCAUCUGGGAAGCCUGUCCCAAGGAAAUGUUGAAUUGUGGGGAUGAAAGCGAAAGUUUGAGUUAAUAGUCUACCCUCACUUAGCAUCAUAGUGAUCUCAUGCUAGUAAAUAUGUUCUCUUCUGAGGCUCAGCUUACCCCCACUGUAUCAGUAAGGGGCAAACUGACAUGGCUGCCUUGUCUUUGGGCUUGUUUUUGAAUUCUUAAAUCAGUGAAACCUUUGAAAAUGAAUGUCUGGGUGAACCCAAACAUUGACCUGGAAUAUUGAUCAUAUAUGUCAAAUUGUUUACAGAGAAUGUGAGAAGUUUAUAGAACCUUAGUUCAUAAAAACAAACCUGUUGUAUGUGGUUGUGCUAGAAUCUGGCUCAAAUAUGACUGUAUAAUAACUGUAUUUCAGCACCGAAGAAGGUACUGGAGGUGAUAACUGCCGCAUUGCAUUUAAAGUGCACUAGCAAAGAUGACACAAAACUAGACCUUUCAGUUGAAACACUGUUGCAUUUUGGGAGUCUGAUAUCCACGUAUGUAUCACAUUUUCUCUGCCUGGGGUUAAUUUGUCCCUAUUAUGCUAGAUAAGUAAUUGAUAGCUUGUUAUGCUUGAUAUUCAUUCUGAAAUCCUCAUGUGUCCACCACUCAGACUUCAAGCAAGCUCUACCUACUAUUAUAUCUGCCAAAACUACCAAUUAUUUUUCAUUGUCAGAAGUUAUUAGAACCAUUGACUAUGCUAGUGGUUGAAUGUGACAUUUUCUUCCUCUCCCCCUAAGUAGUUUAUCAGAAUGUUAAUGUUGUAGCAUGUGGGUUGGAUAUAUUAGCAAACUUAACAGGUUAAUUAGGUUAAAACAAUGUAAAGGGAUAAUGAUUAAAUAUUAAAUUGUAUUCUAUUAUAACUGUAAUGGCCUCAGAUAAGACUAUAAGGAGGGUGACACUUAACUAGUGCUUGUUAAGAGACCUAAACUGAAAUGAUGGAUUUGUAGAACAUCUGCUCAGAUUGUAGCAGUUGUACUAUCUGGUGCAUUGACAGUUGAUUCUUCCCUGGAUGAACUAGUGCCAUUGAUUGAUUUCCAAAAGGAGCUAUGUCCAUCUCGCCUACUGCUGAUUCCCCCUGCCCUUUUCUCCUUUCUUCCAAAGAAGAAUUCCUUAAUUUUUAGGUUUGGGGGUCAAUGCAACACACAUUCAUAAAGCUAGCUAGAUAAUUUUCAAUUUUUUUUUAUAUGACACAAGGAGAAUUUCAAAAAUGAAAUCACAUAAUAAAAGUUCUCCCCCCUUUGAAAAACUAUAAUUCACUAGCAAUAUUUCCUUAUUAAUAAUUUAAAUAUUCUCUAUUUCUCUUCAAAACAUGGCUUGAUGUGUUACCCUUCCCUGGAAUAUUUCUAUUUUAAUUGGGGACAAUAUUUACACUAAAAAGAAUGAAAUUUCAGUCAAAUUGCAGUCAUCAGGGCCAACCCAGGGUGGGAGCUCUUCCUUGUUUGGUUACUAAUCAUAAUCCUAAAGGUAGUUCCUAUCGCAGGACAGUUCCUACUGGUAGCCAGUGGACUAAAACAUUAUCCCUUCAAAAAGUGAUUAUGGGUUUAGGUUGAGCCUCUCCUUCCAUAACAAAGGAGUAGGAAGAAAAGAUAGAGUAAAAAUGUAAAUAUGCAAUUGAUUAUUAUAAAUCCCUAAAUGAAGAAUUUGUGCAAGAAUAGAUAACGGGGUGGGGGGGGUGCAGCUAGGUACUGAAGUGGAUAAAGCACCAGCCCUGGAUUCAGGAGGACCUGAGUUCAAAUCUGGUUUCGGACACUUGACACUUACUAGCUGUGUGACCUUGGGCAAGUCACUUAACCCUCAUUGUCCAACCAAAAAAAAUAUAUAACCAAGAUGGGAUUUCUUCAAGAAUCUAAUCUAGUGAUACCUAAGAUCAGAAUUGCAAAGAAUUAAGCUUCCUUUGGUAGAAUAAAGGAGCACACAUUAAAAAGAAUAGAAGAUGGGGCAGCUAGAUGGCACAGUGGAUAGAGCACUAGCCCUGGAGUCAGGAGUACCUGAGUUCAAAUUUGGCCUCAGACACUUAACACUUACUAGCUGUGUGACCCUGGGCAAGUCACUUAACCGCAAUUGCCUCACUUAAAAAAAAAAAAAAAGAAUAGAAGAUUCAAGAGGAUACAUCUGAAGUGUUGAAAUGUAAGGCACAGGGGAAAAGUUGGCCAGAGUAGCCGAAAAUGGGAUAAAUACAAUUGGGUGAUGAAUCAGAAGAGCCUCUAAGGAGCCCACAUUUAACUAAGCCAGGAAGAAUUUAGGACAGGACAUCCUAGGAAAAGCUAGGGGGACACCAGCUGAGUUGGCAAGGAAGAUGUUUCCCAAAGUUAGCUCACCAACUAGAAGCCAAGUAUUGAGUUUCAACUGGGCUCUGAAAUAAGCACUGAAGGUGCAAAGAGCCUUGGAUUUGGUGGGAUGGGACUCUCUGGGCCUCAGUUUCUUCAUCUGUAAAAUGAGGAGAUUGGAUUAGAUAACUUCUAAAGUCCCUCCUGUCUAGAAAUAUACAACCCCUUGAAGCCCUUAAAAGUAAUCUUCUUGUACUAGUGUACUUGAUAAACUGUGCAACUGGCUCCUACCUCCAGGUAGGAAAUACUGGCUUUUUCUCUUCUAUCUCUUCAUGACAGUAAACAAUUACUAUAAAGUUUUUAAAGGAUAAUUUUGACAUCAACAGCCUUAACUUUGCUUACAUCCUGAAACUAACCUUGUAGUGUCCCUCCUGCCUACACAAAAAGUAUGUUCCCUCCCUUUCCCCCAUGGCUUCAGAAGCUAGACUAAACAGAUAACCAAUUAAAAUGACUUUUUACAACUUUCCUGCUUUGAAUUUUUUAAAGGUACCAGCACCUCUAAGUCAUCACAUGACUUCCUUAAAUGAUUAUGUAUUUAUCUUAGUGCCCUGCUUUCCUUGGUACUGGUGACUUGGUAAAUAGUUCAAGAAUCUAAUCAUAUCCCCCAAGAGAUUACUGGAUUAAAAAUUAGCUAUCUAGAAAAAAUAGAUAGCUAUCUAUAAUAGCUGCUAAACGAUCCAACAGAAAUUAAUGGAAUUUAUUCAUUAUUAGGUAAUAGUCUCACGUUUAGAAUAUUAGUAUAGUUCAGACUUUCAUAGAGGCAGAACUGGCCUGUUGUAAAGCUGAAACAGUAUUUUUUAGGUCAGUGUGAAUUGCUUCAAGGCUGAUAACUACAAUCCCAUCCAUUCCCGCCCCCCUCCCCCAUAAUUUGUUCAUUGUGAAUGUCCUUUAAAAGUAUGUGAAGCCAGGGGGCAACUAGGUGGCACAAUGGAUAAAGCACCGGCCCUGGAUUCAGGAGGACCUGAGUUCAAAUCUAGCCUCAGACACUUGACACUUACUAGCUGUGUGACCCUGGGCAGGUCACUUAACCCUCAUGGCCAGCCCCGCACUCCCCCAAAAAAGAAGUAUAUGAAGCUAUACUUUAAGGGGUAGAAUUUAGAGUUCUGCUAAUGUCAGAGUCAGAUGCGUAAGUAAAGUGUCACCAAUUUGAGGAAGACUGAAGAUUCUCAGGACUGCUAGCUCCUUUAUGGGAAACAGAUACAAAGUCAGUACUUUAGGCCCCUCAUGUCCCUCUGCCAGCCACCUUUAUCUUUUCCAAAAUAGUGAUCGCUGUUGUUUCUAUAGUGCUUCUAGGUUUGCAAAGCACUUUAAAUCCAUCACCUCAUUUGAUUCUCACAAUAGCCCUGGGACAUAAGUGCUAUUCUUAUCCCUAUUUUAUAGAUGAGGAAAUUGAGGAUUAGAGAUUAAGUGACAUGUCCAGGGUGGUACAAAGCUCCUGAAGUGGGACUCAAAUUCAGGUAUUCUUGACUCCUAGUCCAACCCUCUGUCCAUUUGGCCAGGUCUUAAAUAAUAUGUUCUUGAAAAUUCUUGUGUCAAUUUAAUUUUUAUAAAUAAAAAUUCUUAAGUUCUGUAGGGGAAAUAGAUAUAUAUGUAAAAGAGCUCUGUGAUUAAUCCUUUUAUGAUAUGAGUACUAUUACUUGCUUUCUGUUUUAAAUUCAGGUUUUUUAUCUUGGGUUUUCUUCAAGUAUUCAGGGAUACUUUGACAUUUUAAUCCAGAGGAAGGCCUCCUGACAUUGGUGAUUCACUGGGACAGUUCUUGCCUCUCAGGAAAGAGACUUCCAUCUGAUUUUCUGACAAUGUAAAAAUAGCAAGUAUGAGCUUUCGAUUACAGCUUUUUGUGGGAACUUUCUGGGGGCUGAGAGUUCAUAGGUUUAUUUGGGUAGAAUUGGGAGAAAAGACAGAUCCAACAGUUGCCUUAUAAAUUCACUUGGAUUUUCUGUGCCCAGUUUCAUUGUAAAUGGGGAAUGUGCCCAUCUGUUCACAUCCCAAGUUUGUUGUGAAAAUAACGGUCAAAACAAUUAAUUAUAUAAAGGUCUUGAAAAUUGUAAAGUGUUAUACAGAUAUAAGGUAUUAUUUAAUCAUAUAAUUUUAGUGCUAGAAGACUCAUAAAAAGUUAGAAUGGAGAGGAACCUCAAAGAUCAUUUAAUUCAAUGGCCCCUUCAUUUUAAAGAAGAGGAGGCAAUUGGCCAGCUCCAAACAACUGAGGUAAUUGGUUUGAGAAUUAAACUUUGAGAUUGGGUUUGAAUCUUAUGUUAAUUUUAAAAUACAAAAUAGCUCACUUAACUGUGUUGGAAUCCCAGCACUGCAAACUUCUUAAAGUAAAAAAGUUCCAGAGUUUGCCUCUUGCCAGCAACUAAGUUUAACUGGAGCUCUGCAGUUUCACACCUUACCACCAUCUUAUAAAAAACAGACUUGCUGUAUGUAUACCCCUGGAAGCAGGGAAAGGGCAUGUUAAUUAGUUAAGGGGAAGUGGGACUGGUGAAUGUUUUUAUAUUGUUUUAUAAGGUGCUUAUAAGUUGGACCAGAUAAAGAGUAGGCACCCCCAAAAUGUCUUUGGUCAUUAAAUUUAGAGGCACUAGAAAGAGUCUGGAUUUGACAUUGGAAGACCUGGGUUCAAUUCCCAGCUCUUCUACUGACUGGGUAAUUGAGAGGAAGCCAUUUCCCCGUGUAAAUUCUGUUUCCUCUUUUGCAAAAUGAGAGGGUGGACUAGACAGCCUCUGAGGUCCCUUUGAGCUUGAAAGCCUGUGAUCCCAUAAACCUUAUUUGGAAUCAUGAAGAAUGUUCUAUCAAUUACACUUGUGUGUUUGACCAAUUUGUGUUUGACACAAAUGUUCUUUCACAAGCAAGAAAGAAAGGUAAACACCAAAAUCCUUGAAGGUAUAUGACAGUUUAGAAAAACUAGUCUGUAUGUAUAUAGAAAUAUAUAAUGGAUUUUUUCAUUUAAAUCAACACCUGUACUGAUCUUCAACCAUGUGCUCUGCUUUGAAUUGUACAAAGUAUCUAUGAAUAUUUUUACACUAAUUUUCAAGCAAAUGGAAGGUUCAUCAGAAAUCUUAGGGGUAUGGAAAGAAAAUGUUCUUAACGUCCUUACAGUUGGUUUUAAGUAAAUAUUAUUUUUUUGAAUAAUAGAACUUGGGGGGAGGGUGGGUGACACUUCCUAGACUUUAUUAUUGUUAAAAAAAACAAAACAAAACAAAACAUAAUCCUUUAUUAGAAAGAAUAUCAUCACCACCUAAUAAUGUUGGGAAUAUCCUUUAUCCAGAAGAAAGACUCAGAGCUGCUUUAAAUUUUUUCAUUGUAUGUGUAUAUGUAAAAAGUGUGGAUUACUAGAUUGUAAGCUCCUUGAGGGCAGGGAACAUCAUUCUUCUUUUUUUUAAUCCCCAAGCACUUAACAAAGUGCCUUGCACAUAGUAGGUAUUCAUUAAAUAUUUGUUGAAUGAAUGGGUGAAUUAUUAAGUAUCACCUUCAAGGUGAAGCAUAAUUCACUUUUUUCAGUGCUUUCAACACUACAAUUAAUGACUGGAAGAAGACUAAAGAGCCUCACAUUUCCAAUGGCUGAGCCAGACGUUUUUGAUUUACAGCCACACUGACAUUUGACCAAGAUGUGGAUUUGGCCAUAUUUAUUCCUGGAAAAGUACCUUGACACCUUAGUGUCCUAGGCUAUUUACUUAGAGGGGUGUUCUCUUGGACAGGGUUUGGAGUCAGGAAUAAAUACAGAAGGCACUACUUUUAUUGUUU